CAGUGUGACUCAAGAAAGAAGUCAAGACAUUGUUUCAAGACAUUGUUUCAAGACUUCGUUUUAAGACAUUUUUUCAAGAUGGCCCGUAUCCUGGCUGCUUCUGCCGUUUUGUUCUUCCUGCUCGGCGUGGCCUCUGCCCAGUCCCUGAAAGGCUGUUACGUCGGUGACGGAGACUCCGCCGCUGCGGACGCUUCUUCUGACGAUAUGAUCAACUCUGACUGCGCUGAGUUCUGCGCCAAGGAGGGAAAACCUUACUCAGGCACCGGCGGUGAGGGUGGUCGCUACUGUGCCUGUCUGACCGAGGAGGACAUGGGUAUGCUGGCCCCCACGAAAUCGGACGCCGCAAACUGCGACACGCCGUGUCCUGGGAAACUGGAAGAGAUGUGCGGCGGCGGCGAUAACUACGUCACUAUCUGGAGCACCGGGAGUGCUGCAAAGCGCAUGCUCAGCCUGAGGGAGAAACUGCAGAAUCUUCGCCGUGCCUUGGAGGACUGAAGACACGAGCUAAGACGUCUUAACAGGCAGUCAAGACAGGCGCGGAAAUGAAUAUUGCCGACCAUAAUAUCUAGUCUUCACCAAAGCAAAAACAUUAUGUUUACACUUUGGUUGAAUUACAAUAAACAUUCUUGGUACAUUGUAAGUUGGUUAAGUCGCUUGAGGUAAAGUACUCAAGUACUUAAAAUGUACCAAGAAGAGUUUAUCUUGAUUCAACAAAAGAUUGAUGUAAACAUAAUGUCAUACACAUUAUACAGGAAUAUUCAUCAAGAUCAUUCUUAUUGUUUUUUUAAUAAACAACAAUACAGGAAAAUGAAUCAUACAGGAGGAAGAACAGACGUUGAAUGACAAUCCAUACACAAAAUGUGUUAGCUUACUUGAGGAUUGAGUAUAUAAAAAAAUCUAGAAUAAGUUUCGGUGUGGCUUGAAUUAAACCUUGCAAUAGUUGGGUAUAUUGGCUAAAACGUUAAGUAUAGCAAAAUGAGGUGCGUAUAUGCAGGGACACACACAAACAAACAAACAAACAAACAAACACACACACAAUCGUACACACAUACAAAGAACGGAAUGCACAUUAAGUCUAGAAAGGGAAAGACAGAAUGUUAAAUGUUCAUCUGUAUUGCUGGAAGUCAUUAAAACUGGUGAUCGGUUGAAA